AUCACAAACCAUUCAAAUCCAAGCUCCAAAAAUGGCCUUCUUUGGAGAUUCAAUAGGGGAUUUCUCAAGGAUUUGUCUGAAGGAUUUUGAUUUGGCUUCUUUCUGUUCUCAAAGGAGCAUAAUAGACACUAUAAAUAUACUUUUUGUCUGUGUCUUUUACACUUCUUUGCUUAUCAGUUUGAUCAGAAAAAGUUCCAGAAGUGGUAGCAACAUAAAAAACUGGAUUUUCCCAGUUGUCUCAAUCUGUUGUGCUCUCAUUGGCAUUGUGUUUUUGAGUAUUGGAUUGUGGAAUCUCAUUGUCAAAACUGGUAACUCUGAGCAGCUGGGCUGGUUAGCUUGCAUUGUCAGAGGAUUCAUUUGGGUUUCUUUAACAGUUUCUUUGCUUGUUCAGAGACACAAAUGGAUAAAAAUUUCAAACUCUAUCUGGUGGGCAUCUUCUUGUGUGUUGGUUUCAGCUCUCAACAUUGAAAUUCUGUUUAAAGAGCAUGCAAUUGAAGCUUUUGAUAUCGUACAAUGGCUUGUACACUUCCUUCUUCUCUUCUGUGCUUUCCAAAAUCUUGGUUAUUUUGUAACUCAAAGUACCCCAGAAAGUUUAUCUGAGCCACUUUUAGCUCAGAAAGUUGAAACCAAAAAAACUGGACUAGGCCAUGCUACUUUUCUCAGCAAGUUGAUUUUCUCUUGGGUCAAUUCUUUACUCAUUCAGGGUUACUCAAAGCCACUAGCUCUUGAAGACAUCCCUUCUCUUGUUUCUGAAGAUGAAGCUGACUCGGCCUACAAAAAAUUCUUGCAAACAUGGGAAUUUCUUGUAAGAGAGAGGAGCAAGAACAAUACCAAAAACUUGGUUCUUUGGUGUGUAGCUAGAAUGUACUUAAAUGAGAACAUAUUAAUAGCAUUUUACACAUUACUUAGAACUAUUUCAGUUGUAGUUUCUCCUCUAUUGCUCUAUGCUUUUGUAAACUACUCUAAUAGCACUGAGGCAGAUCCCAAAGAAGGUCUUUCCCUACUUGGUUUUCUGAUUCUGACCAAAGUGGUUGAGUCUUUGUCCCAGAGACAUCGGUUUUUUGAUUCGAGGAGGUCAGGGUUGAAAAUGAGAUCAGCUCUAAUGGUGGCAGUGUAUCAAAAACAGCUAAAGCUUUCUAGCUCAGCUAGGAGAAGACACUCAAGUGGUGAAAUUGCGAAUUACAUUGCAGUUGAUGCAUAUAGAAUGGGAGAAUUUCCAUGGUGGUUUCAUGUAACAUGGGCUUAUGCAUUGCAACUUUUUCUCUCCAUUGGUGUCCUUUUUGGUGUUGUGGGUCUUGGUGCUCUUCCUGGUUUAGUCCCUCUUCUCAUAUGUGGACUUCUCAAUGUACCAUUUGCAAAGUUUCUACAAAAUUGUCAGUCACAAUUCAUGAUUGCACAGGAUGAGCGUCUGAGAUCAACUUCAGAAAUUCUGAAUAGUAUGAAAAUCAUUAAGUUGCAAUCCUGGGAGGAUAAGUUCAUGAACUUAGUUGAGUCCCUACGUGCUAAAGAGGUCGAAUGGUUGUCUAAGGCACAGAUCUUGAAAGCUUAUGGAUCAUUUCUUUAUUGGAUGUCCCCUACCAUUGUUUCUUCUGUUGUUUUCCUCGGAUGUGCUCUUUUCAAUAGUGCACCAUUAAAUGCUGGAACCAUUUUCACAGUUCUUGCAACGUUGAGGAUCAUGGGAGAACCUGUUCGAAUGAUCCCAGAGGCUCUAUCUGUUAUGAUGCAAGUUAAGGUCUCCUUUGAUCGUCUCAAUAACUUUUUGUUUGAUGAUGAGCUAAGUAAUGAUGAAAAUGGAAGGAGUAUAAAGCAAUGUUCAGUUAAUGCUGUGGAAAUUCAAGCUGGCAACUUCAUUUGGGAUCAGGAAUCAGUGUCACCAACUUUAAGAAAUGUGAAUUUAGAAAUCAAAUGGGGACAGAAAACAGCAGUUUGUGCACCAGUUGGAGCUGGAAAAUCAUCUCUUUUGUAUGCAAUACUUGGAGAGAUUCCUAAGACUUCAGGAACAGUUAAUGUAGGUGGCACUCUAGCCUAUGUUUCUCAAUCUUCUUGGAUACAAAGUGGGACGGUUCAAGAUAAUAUACUCUUUGGCAAGCCGAUGGACAAAACAAGAUAUGAGAAUGCCAUUAAAGUUUGUGCCUUGGAUAAGGAUAUUCAUGAUUUUAGCCAUGGUGAUCUCACAGAAAUAGGUCAGCGAGGGAUUAAUAUGAGUGGAGGACAAAAGCAAAGGAUUCAACUAGCUCGAGCAGUCUACAAUGAUGCUGAUAUCUAUCUUCUUGAUGACCCUUUCAGUGCAGUUGAUGCGCAUACUGCUGCUAUUCUGUUCAAUGACUGUGUCAUGACUGCUCUAAGAGAGAAAACAGUUAUUCUAGUGACUCAUCAAGUGGAGUUCCUCUCAGAAGUUGAUAAAAUCCUGGUAAUGGAGGGUGGAAAAGUUAUUCAAUCAGGUAGUUAUGAGGAUCUCCUGACAGCUGGGACAGCCUUUGAACAACUUGUGAGUGCCCACAAAGAGACAAUUUCAGAGAUGGAUCAAAAUAAUGAAAACAAAGGAGGAUCUGAAAAUGAGGUUGUGGCUCAUCCACAGGAGUCUCAUGGUUUUCAUCUCACUAAAAAUCAAAGUGAGGGUGAGAUCUCUACCAAGGGUCAACUUGGGGUGCAGCUUACACAAGAAGAAGAAAAAGUGAUUGGUAACGUUGGAUGGAAGCCAUUCUGGGAUUAUAUUUCCUUUUCCAGGGGGUUAUUCAUGCUGUGUUUGGUCAUGUUAGGACAAUCUGCUUUUGUUGCUUUGCAGACUGCAUCAACAUAUUGGCUUGCUAUAGCCAUUGAAAUUCCAAAAAUAACUAGUGGCACCUUGAUUGGAGUUUACUCUUUAAUUUCAUUUGUUGGUGCUGCUUUUGUAUAUCUAAGGUCUUACCUGACUGCACUUCUUGGAUUAAAGGCUUCUACAACCUUCUUCUCUAGUUUCACUACAGCUAUCUUUAAGGCUCCUAUGUUGUUCUUUGACUCAACCCCUAUAGGGAGGAUUUUAACCCGAGCUUCUUCAGAUUUGAGUAUUUUGGACUUUGAUAUACCUUAUUCCAUGACUUUUGUAUUGUCUGUGGCAAUUGAAAUUCUGGUGACAAUUUGUGUAAUGGUUUCAGUCACAUGGCAAGUUCUCAUUGUUGCUGUUCCUGCAAUGAUUGCAUCAAAAUAUAUUCAGGGAUAUUAUCAAGCCUCUGCAAGGGAACUAAUAAGGAUCAAUGGAACCACAAAAGCUCCAGUCAUGAAUUUUGCAGCUGAGACAUCACUUGGAGUGGUUACUGUAAGAGCAUUCAACAUGGUGGACAGAUUUUUCAAAAAUUACCUAAAGCUGGUGGACACAGAUGCAGCACUGUUCUUUCAUUCUAAUGUGACCAUGGAAUGGUUAAUUUUAAGAAUUGAAGUACUUCAAAAUUUGACAGUCUUCACUGCAGCUUUGUUAAUUAUUCUACUCCCUCAGGGAUACGUGUCCCCAGGCCUUGUAGGACUUUCUCUUUCUUAUGCUUUCACAUUGACAGCAUCCCAAGUAUUUUGGACUAGAUGGUUUUGCAACUUCUCAAACUAUAUUAUCUCAGUUGAAAGAAUCAAACAAUUCAUUAACAUACCAGCCGAGCCACCUGCCAUUGUGGAGGAUAAAAGGCCUCCAUCUUCAUGGCCUUCUAAGGGUAGGAUUGAUCUUCAAGCCUUAGAGAUUAGAUAUCGUCCAAAUGCUCCAUUAGUUCUUAAGGGUAUCACUUGUACAUUCAAAGAAGGGAGUAGAGUGGGAGUUGUAGGAAGGACUGGAAGUGGAAAAAGUACCCUUAUAAGUGCUUUGUUUCGCUUAGUUGAGCCUGCAAGAGGUGAUAUUCUUAUAGAUGGGAUUAACAUAGGCUCAAUGGGGUUGAAGGAUUUGAGAACAAAUCUAAGCAUCAUACCUCAAGAACCAACUCUUUUCAAGGGCAGCAUUAGAACCAACUUGGACCCUCUAGGCCUGUACUCAGAUGAUGAAAUAUGGAAGGCUUUAGAGAAAUGUCAGCUUAAGGAAACAAUUAGCAGUCUACCAAGUCUCUUGGACUCUUCAGUGAGUGAUGAAGGUGGAAAUUGGAGCUUGGGACAACGCCAACUGUUUUGUCUUGGAAGAGUACUACUUAAGAGGAACAGAAUUCUUGUUCUGGAUGAAGCUACUGCCUCCAUUGACUCUGCCACAGAUGCUAUUCUACAAAGAAUAAUUAGACAAGAAUUUGCACAAUGCACAGUUAUAACCGUGGCUCAUAGAGUUCCAACUGUAAUAGAUAGUGACAUGGUCAUGGUCCUGUCUUAUGGGAAAAUGUUGGAAUAUGAUGAGCCUUCAAAGCUAAUGGAAACCAAUUCUUCAUUCUCUAAGCUGGUUGCUGACUAUUGGUCUAGCUGCAGGAAGAAUUCCUCCCAAAACAUUAGGAGUAGCCAGUAAGGGUGUAAAUGGGCCUGACUAGCCUUAGCCUGACCUACAGCCCGACCUAUGUUGAGCCUGGUCUGACCUGGCCUUUCUGCAAAAUAGUAUAGGCUAAGGUUUAUAAGAAAGUCUUUUAACAAAUAAGCCAUAGACCAUCUUUGUCAAGCCUGGCCUAAAGCCUCGUAGGCUGGCCUAUUUAAAUUUUUUUAAAUAAUAUAAUAUAUUUAUUCUAGGUGGCAAAGUAUCAACCCUAAUUUCUUUUGAGCACCGCUGCUUCUAGGUGAUUUUUCACUCUCGUCUCUAAGUUUCGUCUUUGGCUGACCCAAUAAUUGUAUUUCUUUCUUGAUUUUUCUCAUUUCUUUGACUCUAAUUCCUCCCUGAUAUACAUUCUAGAGCUGGGGUAUUAUG